AUGAGAUCGCGGCCGCAAGCCACAGAUCCAUCGCCAUCCCACUCCGACGCCGCCGACAGUUCGUCCCGCCAUCUCGAGCUCGCCCGUAACGCAGUCGUCGCUCGCAACGCAGUCAGCAUGAGGGUUGCGCGGGCAGCAAGAGACAUGGCUCAACGACAGCCGCCGACUGAGACGGCCGUAUCUGCGCCUGGAAAGGUGCUGCUUGCGGGAGGCUACCUGGUCCUGGAUAGAGAUUACACAGGCACCGUCUGCGCUCUGGACGCCAGGAUCCAUGUCGUCGUGCAGCAGCAGAACAUCGAGAGACGGACCGCGGAUACGCAAACACAGGCAGACACUGUUCAGCUGGAGGGUGAGGCAGCUGAGAAGUCGGACGUGGCGCAGGAGGAAGAUACCGUCACCGUCAGGUCGCCGCAGUUUGUCGAUGCCGUAUGGGAAUACAAGAUCCGGCGAUCAGACAACGGAGGCGGCGUUAAAGCCGUGCAAACAGGCGACGGACCGCGGAACCCGUUCGUCGAGACAUCUCUCAACUAUGCCCUGACCUACGCGAGCUAUGUCUCUGCGUCCCAGAACAUCGGCUCGCUCGCCAUCACCAUUCUGGCGGACGACGACUAUUAUUCCGAAACCACGGCCAGCAGUGCGCCCCAGGGAGGCCCUGCAGGAUUCAAGAAGUUCGGAGUGCGGCUGCAGGAUGCGCACAAGACGGGACUGGGAUCGUCCGCUGCACUGGUAACUGCGCUGGUGUCCGCGCUCGUCGUUCAUCGUACGGUACCGCCGGAGAAGCUCGCGCAGAACAGGCAGAAGCUCCAUAACCUCGCCCAGGCAGCUCACUGCGCCGCCCAGGGGAAAAUAGGCUCCGGUUUCGAUGUUGCUGCCGCCGUCUACGGAUCAUGCUACUAUCGGCGCUUUUCUCCAUCCGUGCUUGCUGAACUAGGUGAGCCUGGCUCGCCCAAGUUUGAAGAUCGCCUCUUCUCCAUCGUUGAAGAUCUCAACACGAGUGCUCCAUGGGACACCGAAUGCAAUGAUGUCGGGUUUGAACUUCCUGGGGGGAUGCAGAUGGUGCUCUGUGACGUUGACUGCGGCUCCCAGACUCCGGGCAUGGUUAAAAAGCUGCUUCGUUGGCGAGAGGAAAACCGCGAGGAAGCAGAUGCCAUAUGGUCUAGUCUACAAUUGAAUAACGAGAAGAUUCGUCUUGAGCUGAAGAAACUCACCCUCGGUCCGGGAACAGGUAACUUCAACGAGGUCCGCAGUCUACUUCUUAAAUCGAGAAUGUGGAUUAAAACGAUGACGAAGAAGAGCGGCGUGCCAGUCGAACCCUUGGUGCAGACUGAACUAUUAGACGCUCUGGGCAAGCUUGACGGCGUUAUUGGCGGCGUUGUUCCUGGUGCAGGAGGGUAUGAUGCUAUUGCCUUGCUCAUCGAGGACGACCCGGAUAUCAUCGAUGCGAUCCGCGCGUACCUGGAAGACUGGCACAGCACCGUGGAGGACGACUUUGGCGGCAAGAUCGAAAGAGUCCGCCUACUCGGCGUGGGCUACGGUUCUGAGGGGAUCCUGAACGAGCUGCCAGUCCGAUAUAGCGAAUGGAUAUGA